AUGACAGGUCAUAGGCUGAGGUCAGCUGGUAGCACCGGAGGGAAUGGGGGGCGAAGGAGGGCGUGGGGUGGGGAGGUGGAGGAGGUGCGGGCAGAUAAGAUGUGCAUGGAUAAGGGAGGGCUGCUGGGAGGGGAGGGAGGUGGUGUGGGGAGCGAGGAGAGGGGUGUGGGAAGGAGGAGGGGGAGGCGGAGGAAGAGCGAGAGGAUGAAGGAUGAAGAAUAUCUCUGGGGCACGGUUCAUGGUUCAGACGGAGGGGAAGAAGAGGAGGAGGAAGAGGAAGAGGAAGAGGAAGAGGAGUAUGAAGAGGAUGAAGCAGAGGAGGAAGAGGAGGAGUAUGAGGAAAUGGAGGAAGCAGAUGAGGAGGAAGAGUUGCUGACUUGGAAAGAUGCUCAGGGUAACGGAAGAGUUGGUAACGGCACGUAUGUGAGUCAAGGGCAGUACGGCGAAGCAGAGGAGAUGGCACGCUGUUUGAUGGCAGGUGCUGAGAAGGGCGAGGGUGAGGUGGACGAUGGCAGGGAGGGAGACGUGCAGCACAACCCUGGGCAGCGGAGGAGAGGUUAUGGCGGCCAGGAGCUGGGGCAUGAGGGUGGAGGGAGAGGCGGCCUUGGUGCUGCAGACCUUUCUCACACCUUCCGCUUCUCCCUUCUUCCACCUCUCGCUCCCCGUCCCCACGGCGUCCCCCUCAGUGUGUCAGCAGUGGCAACACUGGCACGCCACACAGCAGCCUCCCCAGCACACGCCACCCUGCCAUCGCCAUCACCCUCCCCCUCCUCCCGCGCCCUGCCUCCCACCGGCCCCCCUGUGGAGGCACUCUUCCCCUGGGUGGCGCACUUGAAGCCGCUGCUGCCUGCGCCCGCCCUCACUGCUGCAGUGGCCGUGGCAGCAUCAGAGGCAGCAGCUGCUGUGAAGGGAGGCGGGAGAAAGUUACAGGUCUUGCAGGGUGUGACGCUGCGCCUCAUUCUUUCUCACAGCCCUGCUGAGCUGGCAACGAUUCGUGCAGCACUGGAAAGGGAGCGACGCCACCUUCCGGUUCGCCCACCAGCCCCUCCCACCCCUCCCCACCCGAGACACCCAGAGGAGCUCGGGGAUGCACCGGUGCAGCAGCAGCAGCAGCAGCAGCAGGUGGGGGGCGAGGGGCACGGCGGGCGUGCAAAACGGCGGAGGGGAACUUCCAUGCACUCUCACGGAGAGGGGCGAGGUGGGGGCCGUGCAGAUGGCGCUUUGGAAGCGGCAGGUGAGGCGGGUGGGACAGGUGGGGCAGAUGAGGCAGAGGGUCGCAGGCAGGCAGAGGUGGAGGAGGCAGCACAUGGAGCACAGAGCGUCACAGAGCGUGGUGCCCGCAUGGGGACUGCUGCUGUUGCUGGUGCAGUGGCAGGGAGGGUAGCUGUGGGAAGGAGGUCGUUUGCUAGAGCAGGGAGUGCAGCAGCAGGUGCAGCAGGGGGGGAAUCAGCAGAGACAGCAGGAGUGGCAGGUGCAGGUUUGGGAGGAGUGGCAACAGCAUCUGGUUCGGGUAGAAGAGGGAGGUACAGCUCAGGUGCAGCAGGAGUGCCUGUGUCAGCAGCAGCAGCAGUGAUUGCCCGGAGGCGGGGGCUAAGAGGAAUAGGGGGGAUGGGGCAGAGGCAGGGAGCUGCCGUGUGGGGCAGCAGGGGAAGGAGGUUGGUGAGUGGUGUGGCUGUGGGAGUGGGGCGAGGUGGGAGGGGUGUUAGAGGCAGAGGUAGAGUGGGGCACGGUGCUGCUUUGGGUGUGGAGAAAGAGGCAGAGGGAAUGGGUGGCAGGGGAGCAGAAAGGGAAGGGCUGGCGGGGAGUGAAGGGGGUGAUGAGAGGAGAGAGGGGCAGUGGGGAGUGAGUGCGGGAGGAGAGGGUGAGACGGGCAGAGCGAGGGUGGGACGGAAGAGGAGGCGAGGAGUGCUGAUCGGCACCAAGGAAAGGACAGCAACAGCAGCAGCAACAGGAGCAGCAGGAGCAGCAACAGCAGCAGCAACAGGAAUAACAGCAGCAGGUGCAGUUGGGGGGAAAAGCCUGCCACGGCGAUUACAAGCAACUUCAGCAGCAGAUUCUCUCAGUGACCCUGCCACAGCUGCCUACAGUCACCAUGGCAGCACCUCCUUACAAGCACAGCCUCGCCCUCUCUCCACGCGCACGCUCCGCUGCUCCCCUUACCCCGCACCAACACAGCCAGGUUCGGACGACGAGUCCGCAGGCUCGGAAGACGUUGGGGAUCUGAGCCUGGGCUCUCCAGGUGGCUCAGGGGAACUGCCUCGGGUUCUGUCCCUGGGGGGACUGGGGGGGCUAGAGGGGGUGGAGGGGAUGGGGUUUGAGGGGUUUGAUGGGGCGUUUGAUCUGGAGGACAUGGCUGAGCUGGAUGAUGCUGCUGGGCUGGGCUUCGACUCAUAA